CGUCGACCACACCCAAAAUCCCUCACCGAUUUAAGCUAGCUUCUCCGUCGGAGCUUUCUCCUCUCCAAUUCCUAAGCUCUCUCCCCCCUCCUCGCAGCCGCAUAAAUGUUUAAUCUAACACAAUGCAACCUCAAAUCGAGCCUUCGUCGCUUUUCAAAGGCCAUUAAUCCCCGGUAUAUCGAGGACGAAGGCGAUUGGUUUUACGCCUCCGAGUGGUGGGACAGCGCCGCCUCCAAUAGCCGCACCGUUUUCCGAGAGAUUUCCCGUGCCGGAAACGGCGUCGUAUCCGUCCUGGCUCAUCCUUGCUCAAAACCAGAUAGAUCUAACUGGGCAAGAGCAGAAAAAUGGCUUCAACAUCGGCGUACAGAGAUUUGCCCAGAUUAUAGAGGAAACAUUCGGGUUAGUGGCUAUGAAUGGAGAACACUUCACUUUAAUGAUUUUACUCGGGAAAGCACUGUUAAAAUAUUGGCUGCAUACACCGAAGACGAACCUGCCUCUUUGAGCUUCAUGCAACAACCAAAUUGUCUGGCUGUGCCAUAUGUGAAGAGUAUGAUUUCUGCUGGCUUGACUACUAUUGCUUCAUCGAAUUAUGACCUCAUCAGCAAUGCUAUAAAUGGGAAGCAGAAUAUGAAAAUUUUGUGCAUCGGUCAUGGUGGGGGAAGCAUACCUUUGUUUUUGGCCAGUAAAAUUCAAGGUGCUGUAGUCCACAUAGUUGAAAUCGACCCUCUUGUAAUAUCUGCAUCAAUCAAAGAAAUGGGGUUUCCUGCGUACUCGGCUAUCUCCCCAUCUGGCAAGCGUGCUCAGCCAAAGCCAAGUCCAUUUGACAACAUUCUCUGGGGAGGAACCCAUGAACGGAUACUACUAUUCAAUUCAGACGCAGAGAAGUUUGUUCUCGAAGGGAGCACCAUUUAUGACAUGAUCUUCAUCGAUGCCUAUGAUGGUGAAGACAUUUUCCCACACAAGUUAUGGCAACCUGACUCUCCAUUUGUCCAUGCUCUGGGGUGCCGGCUUCAUCCCAGCCAUGGAACUGUUGUCGUCAACCUGCAUUCAGAUGUUGACUUGUCGUCGUCAGUAGAUGCGCAGAGUUCACCCCUUUUGGCAAUGGGCAAGCAUACGAGGCAGGUAUGCCGUUCCUACAAACAUGCUCUGUUAGAUACCUGCCAACAUUCUAGCAAUGGUAAUGGUAUAGCAUUCACAGUUUCGGUACCAUGGGUGUGCAAUACAUCGCUUGUUGUAUGUAGAGGUUUGGGUGGAGUAGAUGGAAUAGAGGGCUUUCCCGGGGCCGGGUGGGGUAUAGGUAUGGCUUUGAACACGCUUAUGUCCAAAGCCCUCAAAGUAGAUAAACUUGUGAACAUGCCCUUUUCAUGUUUGCAAUACGUAAAAACAGGAUUCACUCUUGUGUAAUGAAUGAAUAAUAAUAAUGCCAUUCACUGGUUCCUGUUCCAACUAAU